AUGGACCAGGAAAUCAGCACGCUGAUAUUCAUGCAUCUGCUGCUGUGCAAGCCUCUGGAGCACAUGCUGAGCAGCUGGCUGCAAAAGCGGGGCAGCCUGAAAACCCCCGACGACGAGAAUGGCAUUCACAAUGCCGAGCAGGACGACGAAGAUUUGCUCGACGACGAGCUGGAUGAAGACCACAUGAGCCACGACGAGACGAUGACUUUGCGACGCGAGGUCCGGGACGCUCGAAACCACUACAACAACAGCCACCUGCUCUUCAACAUUGCGCCCCUGCAGACGAUGGUCAGCCCAGCCACCAUAUAUGCGACAUUUCGUCGACAAAUGACCACGUACCUGCAUCGGCCAAAGCUGGGGGUGGCCACGUGGCGACACGCCGCAACCUUCUGGAUGACGACGUUUGUGAUUAACCGACUGUCGGCCGAGACGACCGACGCCCUGGGCAGCCUGAUCCACACUCAAGCUCAACACUCUGGGGACACAGCCCAGCGGGCCUAUGCACGCACAGCUAGUGACCAUGUGCAAACCAAAAUGUCGUCGCGACUGAUGCAUCAAGUGGCCUCGCAAAAAUGGCAUGCUUUGUUUGGACUAGAUCGCAAGCGCAGCAUAGCCGAGUUGACCGCGAACCAAGAAGCAUUGGAAGCUCGCUAUCCCAUCAGCUGGAACCCGGUGACUGACCUCUCGCCCGAGGCAAACGGGCGUAUCAUCAUGAACACGAGGGCAGAGCAUGACGUGGCAGAUGGCCUGGACGUGCUCAUUGUUACGACCGACAUGUUUGUCCGCGUGGGAUCUGAGUCCCUGCACGGGAAGGUCUGCUUUCAGCGCAUCCGCACCGUGGUGAUGGACGAGGCGCACACACUCAUCUCGGAUGCCAGCUACCGAGAUGUGCUGAACGAAGUCGCAGCCAGUGUGGGUUCUGGCGGAUGGACCAACAUCAAACGCGUGGCGUUGACGGGCACACUUUGCAUCGGGGACCAGGAGCAUCUGUUUCGAAAGCUGGGUCAGCAAGUCGGGGGCAAGGUGUACCGUCUGGAGACGAUGCGUCGCGAUCUGCAGCUGCGUGCGCUUCACGGAAACCAGCUAAACUUUUUGUCGCAUGUGCAAGCCAUUGUGGACACGCAGCGUAACAUGCGUCAGGCGAAUGGGGAGCGUGUGCACAUGAUGGUCUUUUGUGACACUGUGAACGAGGUGAAGGUGCUGUGCGACCAGCUGCACGCACGCGGCUACGUGGCCUUGCCCUACUACACCGACCUGGAGGAGAAGGCGCAAAAGGACCAUGUGGCACAGUGGCAACGGGGUGAAUGCGACGUCAUUGUGACCACCAGCUGCCUCAGCACGGGUGUGGAUCUGCUCACCAUUCGCCACGUGCUGUGGUAUGGCAACGGCUACAACAUCUAUACGCUGGCCCAGGCAUUUGGUCGGGCUGGUCGCGGAAAACAGGGAGGAACUGCCGAGCUGUGGCUACCAGUGAGACGUGGGCCAGCACCAGGCAUGGAAAAGUUUGUCGAGGGCAAUGCGUGCCGCAGCUGGGCGCUCGGCAAGUUGCUAGAUCCCCGCGCCCCGACAUGCUUUGCUGCCAGCCAGCCGCUUUGUGACGUGUGCGCAGAAACAGCACAGCGCCUGGAGCCAGCAAUAGCUGCGCGCCAGCAGCGCGCUGCCCAAGCGUUGAGUGUGGCGCAUGUGGAAGCAGACAUCCAAGCGAACGGCAUCGGAUGUCACGUGCACAGCUGCUGCUUCUUCAACAGCGGCGCAAGCAGCAGAGUCGCCUCUUCCCGCAGCAAAACGAGCAGCAUCAAGUGGCACGCGCACCGCUACCAUUGCCGCUACUGCUACCACUCGCUCUGA